AUGCCGACAGAUUCUAGUGCGAGUUGCCCUAUUGAGGGUACCCCUGCCUCUACCUCUACCCCAAUUGAGGGUACCCGUGAGACGAUUGGGAGGGCCUUAGAGGCCGCUUUAAAGGAGUGGGGGUUGAUACGCGUUGUGACAUGCACAGUUGAUAAUGCAUUGUCUAACGAUACCGCAUUGGGAUAUCUUAAGACCUUUCUUAGAGAAGCAAAUAAGACAAUCUUGGGUGGUGAGUAUUUGCAUGUGAGGUGUGCAGCACAUAUUCUUAAUCUUAUUGUCAGUGAUGGUAUGAAAAAUCUUCAUGACUCUAUUGCUCGGGUCAGGACUGUUGUGAGAUGGGUGAGAUCUUCUCCUGUGAGAUUGAAGAAAUUCAAGGUUGUUGCGCGGUCUGCGGGCAUAACAUCAAAGAAGAGGCUUUGUACUGAUUUGACUACGCAAUGGAACUCAACAUUUUUUAUGUUGGAGGCAGCCCAAGAGUAUAAGUUGGCAUUUGCCUUAUUGGAUGAGGAAGACAUCCAAUAUGUAAAAUAUUUUGAACACGAAGCGGGAUUGGGGAAGCCCAUGACUGAGGACUGGGAUGUUGUAUCUACUUUCGUAGAUUUUCUAAGGUUUUUCUAUGAGAUUACCACGAUUUUAUCUGGUUCUUUGUAUCCUACAUCCCAUAAUUUUUGUCAACAAAUAUGUAAGGUAAAAGAAGAAUUAGAUGAGAUUAUUGCGAGCGGUCACACUAGGUUGCGGGAGAUGACAUUGUUGAUGAGGGCGAAGUACGACAAGUAUUGGGGUGGAGAUUUCGAUAGGGCUAAUAUGUUGUUAUAUAUAGCUGUUGCUAUUGACUCCCGGUUUAAAGUGGAUGACAUGGUAUAUGGAUUGGGUAUUGCCUACGGACAAGUAUGGGCGGAGCAUAUUGCAUUAAGCGUUAAGGAAACCCUUGAUAGAUUAUUUGAUGAGUUUACCAUAUUGCGGGGUGGUAAUAUUACGGCACCUACUCCUAUCCCCCCACCAGUUCCAAAUACCAGGGCUAAGAAAAAAUGUAUAAUGGACUGGGGUGACAGGAUGAAAGGGAACCCAUUAACGAGGAGUACUACAGAGGUUAAGUCAGAGAUAGACAGAUACUUUGGUCUAGAUCUUGAACCAUAUGUACGAGACUUUGAUAUCUUAGCUUGGUGGAAGGUACAUGCCCCCAAGUAUCCCGUCCUUGCACAAAUAGCCCGCAGUAUUUUGGCUAUCCCUAUUAGCACAGUAGCCUCGGAGUCGGCCUUUAACACCGGAGGGCGCGUAUUGGAUCUAUUCCAGAGCUCAUUAGAUCCUGCCACUGUUGAGUCUUUGAUUUGCACCUCAAAUUGGAUCAUAGGGAGUCCAAUUCAUGUUCCGGAUGUUAUUGAUUAUGAUCAUGUCAACGCCGAGGAGGAGGGUGGUGAUGCACCUGGAUCUGGUAAUGUCACCUGA